UAAAUUUUAGAAACCUUCAACUACAAAAUACAAAACACCAAUUAACACCGGUCCAAUACAAUCUUCAUUGAUUCUCUCAUUUCAUAUUUUUGUGAUACAUACAACAACAAUGUGUCCUACCGGCACCAACCACCGCCUCGACACCGCCAGUGGUUCGAAUAUCCGGUCAGCGUUCGACGUUCUCGACGCCGAUCGCGACGGCAAGAUAAGCCCCUCCGACCUGAAAACAUUCUACAAGGGAUUUUCCGGCGGCGGAGCUGAGGAGGAGGAUGUGAUUCGGUCGAUGAUGUCGGUGGCGGACUCCAACAAAGACGGCUUCGUGGAGUACGAUGAAUUCGAGACGGUGUUGAACGAGAGGAACGGCGGCGGCGGCGGAGGAGGAAGUAGGUGGGGGGCGAUGGAGGAGGCGUUUCGGUUUAUGGAUAGAGAUGGUGACGGUGUGGUUGGGGAGGAGGACCUCCGUGGGUACUUCAAUUUGGCUGGUUUUGAUGCUACUGAUGAGGAUAUCAAGGCUAUGAUCACAUUGGGCGGUGGUGAUCAAAAUCAAGGGGUUUCUUAUGAUGGUUUUCUCAAGAUUUUAGCCGUUUGAUUUUAUUAUCAUUACAAUAACCACGAUGACGACGACGACAAAUUAUAGUAUUGUUCGGUGCCUUUUAUGAGGAUUAUUUUAUGUUUUUUUGUUUUAAAUUUUGAGAAUUUGCAUGAUAGCAAGCUGGAGUUAAAUAAAUUGAAACAAUUUAUCAGCAAUGUUACGAAUUUAAAUUUAACUCUUAGAAAUUAUUAUUUUGUAAUUUAAAUUUUUUUCAUAUUAUAUAAAUUUAAUUUUUACCACACAAUU